AUGGCCAAAAUCCUUGCCGUUUUCGGCGCAACCGGCCAACAGGGUGGAUCAGUGGUUAAAUACGUCCUCAACGAUCCGGAGCUCUCGCAAGAGUACAAGGUCCGCGCCAUCACACGUGAUGUCAACUCUGAGAAAGCCAAGCAACUCAAAGAGAAGGUUGAAGUUGUCCAGGGGGAUGUGUCUGACCGAGCUUCCCUGGAGAAGGCUCUGACCGGGACUCACACCGUCUUCGCCAUGACCGCACCUUCCUUCGAACCCAACCGCUUGGAAAUCGAGUAUAACAAUGCCAAGAGGAUUGCCGAUGUCGCGCUGGAGAAAGGUGCUCAGUACUUUAUCUUCAGCACUUUGCCCAAUGUCCGAGAGAUCUCGGGCGGCAAGUACACCAAUGUGACCCCCUUCGACGCCAAGGCAAACGCCGAGCAGUAUAUUCGAGGUCUUCCCAUCAAAAGCGCCUUCGUCUCCCUGGGAUCGUUCAUGGAGAAUUUUCAGCUCCAAACCUUCUUGGCUCCGCGACAGGCUCCUGAUGGCACCUGGGUUAUGACCCGCCACACCUCUCCGAAGACACAAGUGCCCUUGAUCGACGCCGUCGGGGACACGGGCAAAUUUAUUGGCGCCAUCCUUGCCGAGCCGGACAAGUACGAAGGCGAAACCUUCUGUGCCGCCGUCGGACUAUAUACCUUGGAGGAAAUAGUCGGCACCAUGUCCAAGGCCACGGGCAAGACCGUCGUCUACAAGCAGAUUCCGGCCGAGGACUUCAGGAAGAGCUUACCACCAUUCGCUGCGGAUAUAUUCGUGGAAGGUUUUGGCUACGGAGAGGAGUUCGGCUACUAUGGCCCAAAUACCAAGGAGUUGGUUGCUUGGGCUGCUCAACAAGCCCGGGGCAGACUCACCACUCUUGAAGAGUACUUCGAGGCACAUCCUCUUCAGCUCGCAUGA